AUGGCUUCUGAAAAGCUCACUAUCUUGCUUGUCGGUUCUGGUGGCCGUGAGCAUGCUAUCGCUUGGCGUCUCGCUCAGUCGAACAAGGUCGAGCAUAUCUAUGUUGCGCCAGGCAAUGGCGGUACUGCUAUGGGUGACAAGGUUACCAACGUUGCGAUCGGUGUCAGCGACUUUGCCAAACUCACCGAGUUUGCUGCUCAACACAAUGUCAACUUGGUGAUCCCUGGUCCAGAGCAACCUAGCGUGGAAGGUAUUCAAGCCGUCUUUAAAAAGAUUGGUAUUCCUUGCUUUGGUCCAUCUCCUAAGGCUGCCAUGAUGGAAGGCUCCAAGACCUUUUCCAAGGAUUUCAUGAAGAAGCACAACAUUCCUACUGCUGCCUACGAGAACUUUACGGACUAUGCAAAGGCCAAGGCUUAUCUUGAAUCGAUCAAUCAUCGUGUGGUGCUCAAGGCAUCUGGUUUGGCAGCUGGCAAGGGUGUGUUGAUUCCCACUACCAAGGAAGAAUCGCUUGCUGGUCUCAAGUCUAUCAUGGAUGACAAGGAAUUUGGUGACGCUGGUAACGAAGUUGUCAUUGAAGAGUAUCUUGAGGGCCAAGAACUUUCGGUGCUUGCAUUCUCCGAUGGCUAUACAGUCAUUCCUCUUCCUCCUCUCCAAGAUCAUAAGCGCGCCUAUGAUGGUGAUGAAGGUCCCAACACCGGUGGUAUGGGUGUCUAUGCUCCCACUCCUAUCAGCACCCCCGAGCUUAUGGAAACUGUCAAGCGCACUAUUCUUCAACCCACCAUCGACGGCAUGCGUCAUGAUGGCUAUCCAUUCGUUGGUAUGCUCUUUACCGGUUUGAUGUUGACGGCUUCCGGUCCCAAAGUACUCGAGUACAAUGUCCGCUUCGGUGAUCCUGAAACUGAAGUUGCUCUUCCUUUGUUGGGUGAUGACUCUGAUUUGGCUGAAAUCAUGCUUGCUUGUGCUGAAGGUCGAUUGGAUGCCGUUACUAUCACCAGCAAGCAGGCUUAUGGUGCCACCGUCAUUAUUGCUUCUGGAGGAUAUCCUGGUAGCUAUCCCAAGGGCAAGGAAAUCACUAUUGGUGAGCUCCCCAAGGACGUUAUGGUGUUCCAUGCUGGUACUGCUUUGAAGGAUGGCAAGCUUGUCACUGCUGGUGGUCGUGUGUUGGCUGUCUCUGCUAUUGGUACCACUCUUCGCGAAGCCGUUGAUAAGGCAUAUGAAGGUGUCAAGUCCAUUCAUUUCGAAGGCAUGAUGUAUAGAAAGGAUAUUGCUCAUAGAGCCUUCAAGUAUACCGAACAACAAGAAAAGGAAACCGGUUUGUCUUAUGCUGAUGCUGGUGUUGACAUUGAUGCUGGUAACUUGUUGGUGGAAAAGAUCAAGCCAUUGGUCAAGUCGACUCGUCGUGUUGGUGCUGAUUCUGAUAUUGGUGGUUUUGGUGGUCUUUUCGAUCUCAAGGCUGCUGGCUUCGUCGAUCCUAUUCUUGUCUCCGCUACGGAUGGUAUUGGUACCAAGCUCAAGAUUGCCCAAGAUUGCCGUAUCCAUGACACUGUUGGUAUUGACUUGGUUGCCAUGAAUGUCAAUGACUUGAUUGUCCAAGGUGCCGAGCCCCUUUACUUCCUUGAUUAUUAUGCUUGUGGUAAAUUGGAGGUGGAUGUUGCCAAGGAUUUCGUGGCUGGUGUUGCUGAAGGUUGCCGUCAAGCUGGUGCUGCCUUGAUUGGUGGUGAAACAGCCGAGAUGCCUGGUCUUUAUGCUUUGGGUGAUUAUGAUGGUGCCGGUUUUGCUGUGGGUGCUGUGGAUCGUACAAAGAUCCUUCCCCGCGCUGAUUUGCCUAUCCAAGCUGGCGAUGUCGUGCUCGGUCUCGGCUCUUCUGGUGUUCACUCUAACGGCUUCUCGUUGGUGCGCAAGAUUGUCUCCACUCAACCUGGUUUGACUUAUCAAUCGCCUUGCCCUUGGAAUAACGAAAAGACGCUUGGUGAAGCCUUGCUCACCCCUACUCGCAUCUAUGUGAAGCAACUUUUGCCUGCCAUUCGCAAGGAUCUUAUCAAGGGUAUGGCCCAUAUCACUGGUGGUGGCUUUAUCGACAACAUUCCACGUGUGAUGCCCAAGGAUCUUGCUGUCAAGUUGAAUGCUGCUGGUUGGGAAUUGCCACCCAUUUUCAAGUGGCUCAAGCAAGCUGGUGGCCUAUCAGCCUAUGAAAUGGCACGCACUUUCAACUGUGGUAUUGGUAUGAUCCUUGUCGUGAACAGCAAUGCCGUCGAACAAGUCAAGCAAUUGUUGCAAGAGGCAAACGAGCAAGUUUACGAAAUUGGUCAAGUUGUUACUAAGGCUGACCUUGGUGGAGAAGAAGUUCAAGUCAAUGGCACUGAAGCAUGGUAA